UGCCCACCUUUGGACAGCUACUCCUCACGGGCAUCUAAUGCUAGCAACCUCAAAAAUUCUUUCACCUACUUAAACAUCUAAAGUAAAAGUGGGGGGUAAAAGACAGAGGAAAACCACAUGUGUAACAGAGCAAGAGUGCCAAAAGUCUGAAAUACCCAUCUAGAAAACAGAACUACGUAUCUUGAACUAGAAUUUUGAGAUAAAUGUGGGGAUGCAGGCGAUUUUCAAGGAGUAUUAGCCUUUCAGCCUUAGGUGAGGAUACCUUACUUCAGAAGUAAGGCAUGCACAGAAGGGAAAAUCAAACGGUUCAUUUACAUCCCAUCUCUUCUUGCAAUCUUUCCACUGGCAUCAGAGCAGGAAAUAAAAAAAUGCCGGUCGAUGACGACGACUCAAGGAUGGCCUUCCUCAGAAAUGAACUGGAGGCAGCUCUGGCAAUGAACAAUUUGCUGGAGAAGGAAAAUGUGGAACUAAAACAAGAAGUGUCUCGUCUAAAAGCACAGGUUAGUGCCCUCAAAGCACAUGAUAAUGAGAGAAAAUCCAUUCUCUGGAAGAAGUUGCAGAACUCCAUGGAUAGCAUAAGUACAGAGAGAUUUCAAGAGAAAGCAACAGUUCAGUCUGACAUUGCAGCAAAAAGUCGAGCAGUGGAGAGUUCAAAGCCAGCGGAAGGUUACCUCGAAUCUACAGCUGAAAAGGAGAAACCCCGAAGAGUACCACAACCACCACCGCCAAGGCCAAUUACUUCAGCCCCUUCGCAUAAGGUAAAUGAGUAUAAAGUACCAUCACCAACAGCGCCACCACCUCCACCACCACUGCCAAGAAACUUGUUAGUUCCAUCAAAAGCAGUGCGUCGCGUGCCAGAGGUGAUGGAAUUCUACCGUUCACUUAUGAAGAGAGAUGCUCAAAAGGAUAGCACAACUAGUCCUAGAGGAACAUCUCCAGCUAUAAAUCCCAGGAACAUGAUUGGAGAAAUUGAGAACAGAUCUACUCAUCUACUGGCAAUAAAGUCAGAUGUGGAAACACAAGGGGAAUUCAUAGAUUCAUUAGCAAGGGCAGUGGAGACUGCAGCCUUUACAGAUAUGUCCGAAGUGGAGACAUUCGUCAAGUGGCUAGAUGGAGAACUAUCCUGCCUGGUUGACGAAAGGGCUGUAUUGAAGCAUUUCUCCCAGUGGCCAGAGAGAAAGGCAGAUGCAAUGAGGGAAGCUGCUUUCAGCUACAGAGACCUAAAGAACCUUGAAUCUGAAGUUUCAUCAUUCAAGGACAACCCAAAACAGAUUUUGACCCAGUCCCUAAGAAGGAUGCAAGCAUUGCAAGACAGGUUGGAAACAAGUGCUAACAACUUUGAAAGAAUUAGAGAGGGUACAGGCAAGAGAUACAAGGAGUUCCGUAUACCCUGUGAAUGGAUGCUGGACACUGGUGUGAUUGGACAGAUGAAAUUAAGUUCAUUGACCCUGGCAAAGGCAUUCAUGAGGAGGGUAACUAAAGAACUGCAGUACAAGGAAUAUGAAGAGGAUCUCCUGCUUCAAGGUGUUCGAUUUGCUUUUCGAAUACAUCAGUUUGCAGGUGGCUUUGACGCAGAAACCAAGCAUGCAUUUGAUGAACUAAGGAAGGUUGGAACAUGUCAACAGAAGCCAUAGCAUCCUCCUAAAAAGCAUGGGAUGUUAACAUGAUACAGUAUGGAAGACUGCCAUUAUGCAAACUACUAGCACUAGGCGUACGUGUAAACUAGUUUAUCGUAGGAAGGAUUUUUACAAAUACGAGUAUCUGGUUAAAAUUCCAGAAAAGCGUUUCUGUAUAAGCUUGAUCCGUUUACAACAUUCCUUUUACGAAUUGAGGCACAAAUAAAAACUAGCCUAAAGCCUCAAUAUCUUCACUGGCCGAUAGUCUCU